CUAUAUUUGUUAAUUGAUAUUUUUUCAAGUCAUUAGAUGGCGUUAAAGAAAAUAUAUCGAUCAAAGAAAAUCUAUUUUUCUUUUUCAUUUAACCAAAAAAGUGACAGUACCGAGUCCGAGAUUUCUUGAAGUUUUUGAGAUUUUAAAAUAUUUUUAAUAAAAUAUAAGAAAUGAGCAGUAUUCUAAAAAUUCAGGUGAACUGUGUGAAGAAAUUAGUAGGUAGUUCGUUAAAGUUAAACCAUCUUCUAAAACCGUUGGCAUGCAGAAACUUGCAUUUACAAGUAGAUCGAAAAAAUGCAAGUGUGUCCGACUCGGUAUCUAAAGUUUACCCCAUAGUAGACCACACUUACGAUGCAGUGGUCGUUGGAGCAGGUGGUGCCGGUCUUAGGGCAGCAUAUGGGCUUGUUCAAGAGGGUUUCAAAACUGCUGUUAUCACUAAACUUUUUCCAACAAGGUCCCAUACCGUAGCUGCCCAAGGAGGUAUCAAUGCAGCAUUAGGCAACAUGGAAGAAGAUAACUGGCAAUGGCACAUGUACGACACAGUGAAAGGCUCCGAUUGGCUAGGAGAUCAAGACGCCAUUCACUACAUGACUAGGGAAGCCCCCAAGGCCGUCAUUGAGCUGGAAAACGCCGGCAUGCCGUUUUCUCGUACUCAAGAGGGAAAAAUCUACCAACGAGCCUUCGGUGGCCAGUCUUUGAAGUUCGGCAAAGGAGGUCAAGCUCAUAGGUGCUGUUGCGUAGCUGAUAGGACAGGUCACAGUUUGCUCCACACUUUGUACGGACAAAGUUUGAGAUACGAUUGUAAUUAUUUCGUUGAGUAUUUCGCGUUGGAUUUGAUUAUGGAGGGUGGAGAAUGCAGGGGAGUGAUUGCUCUUUGUCUAGAAGAUGGUACUCUGCACCGGUUUAGGUCUAAGAAUACUAUUUUAGCUACUGGAGGAUACGGUAGAGCAUACUUUUCUUGUACCUCUGCUCACACUUGUACCGGUGACGGUACGGCUAUGGUAACUAGAGCAGGAUUGCCGAAUCAAGAUCUUGAAUUUGUACAGUUUCAUCCGACUGGCAUCUAUGGCGCUGGUUGUUUAAUAACUGAAGGUUGUAGAGGCGAAGGUGGUUAUCUCAUAAAUUCACAAGGUGAACGUUUCAUGGAACGGUACGCACCCGUGGCCAAAGAUUUAGCCUCCAGAGAUGUCGUUUCUAGAAGUAUGACUAUCGAAAUUAGAGAAGGUCGCGGUUGCGGACCGGAUAAGGACCACGUGUACCUGCAAUUGCACCACUUGCCUUCCGAACAACUGGCUCAGAGGCUGCCUGGUAUCUCCGAAACUGCCAUGAUUUUCGCCGGAGUGGACGUCACUAGAGAGCCGAUUCCUGUAUUACCGACUGUCCAUUACAACAUGGGCGGCGUACCGACUAACUACAAGGGUCAGGUAUUGACCUCGCCAAACGGACAAGAUAAAGUGGUUCCUGGACUAUAUGCAUGCGGAGAAGCUGCGUCUUCUUCUGUACACGGUGCUAAUCGCUUGGGUGCUAAUUCAUUGCUGGAUUUGGUCGUUUUCGGACGUGCUUGUGCACUCACGAUCGCCGAUGAAAAUAAACCUGGCGAAGCUAUCGGCAGUAUUAAAGAAAAUGCGGGUGAAGAAUCCGUGGCUAAUUUGGAUUGGUGCAGAUACGCUAACGGUACGAUAAAUACGGCUGACCUGCGGUUGCAAAUGCAGAAAACUAUGCAGACGCACGCGGCUGUAUUCAGAACUGAAGAAUCAUUGAAAGAGGGCGUGCACAAGAUGAACGAUCUCUAUGGAAAACUUUCCGAUCUUAAGGUUGCCGACAGUAGCUUGAUUUGGAAUUCAGAUUUGGUUGAAACGUUGGAACUACAAAAUCUCAUGAUCAAUGCUGUACAAACAAUAGUCGGUGCUGAAAAUCGUAAAGAAUCUAGAGGUGCUCAUGCUAGAGAAGACUACAAAGUUCGUGUCGACGAAUUUGAUUACAGCAAGCCAUUGGAAGGACAACAGAGGGUACCUGAGAAGGACCACUGGAGGAAACACACUUUGACGCACGUCGAUGAAAAGACCGGGAAAGUUACGAUUACUUACAGAUCAGUGAUUGACCACACUUUAGACAAGAGCGAAUGUGCCACAGUACCACCCGCAAUUAGAUCCUAUUAAAUGAACCCUAUCUUAAUCAUCACAAUGAUUUCUCUAUUUUCAUUCGGCAAGCAAUUCUUUUGUCUAAAUGCACAUUAUGAUUAAAAAAACCGCUUUUACAGGCCCGUACUUAAGAUGAAAACAACGGUUGUAUGCUGUGUAAUUUUUUGUUGUAGUUUCAUUUUGUGAUAUUUAUGCAGUAUAUAAAAUUGUUGUGCACGCCACUGAUUUCAAAAAAUAUAUAUUAAUAUUACGCCUUAUAAAGGUGGGUAGUACUAGGAGUAGAAAUUAUGUGCUAAAGUUAACACUUCUUUUUUGAAAUCAUUGCAUGCAUUUUCAUCCCAUUUGAAUUCACAAAUUAAUAAUAAUUUAAGUUUAAUUUAUUAUUCGGUAUUUAUUUUUCAUUGCCAAAGUAUUCAGCAGUUGAAACAAUUUUAAUAUCAAGAAUCGAUUUUCUUCAUUAUCCCAAAAAAUAACAUAGUGUUUAAAAAGCAAUAAUUUUUGGGAUGAGUUGUAUUUAUAAUUGGAUUUAAGGUAAAUUUUACUGAAAAUAAUUUUCGUACAAAGUUCUAAUAUAUAUUUUUCUUUCUUUUUUUUUUCUUUUUAGUUUUAGUUGUAAAAGCAACAUCCUAAAGUAUUUUGUAUAAAAUUUGUAUUUGAAGUAUGUUACCAAUUCAGUGAAAUAAUGUAAAUAUAUUGUUUUUAAAAAUUUA